AUGUACGUGAGCUACCUCCUGGAUAAGGACGUGAGCAUGUACCCCAGCUCGGUGCGCCACUCGGGCGGCCUCAACCUGGCGCCACAGAACUUCGUGAGCCCCCCACAAUACCCGGACUACGGCGGCUACCAUGUGGCCGCAGCCGCGGCCGCGGCCGCGAACUUGGACAGCGCGCAGUCCCCCGGGCCGUCGUGGCCCGCCGCCUACGGCGCGCCGCUCCGCGAGGACUGGAACGGCUACGCCCCGGGGGGCGCCGCCGCCGCCAACGCCGUGGCGCACGGGCUCAACGGGGGCUCCCCUGCCACCGCCAUGGGCUACAGUAGCCCCGCCGACUACCAUCCGCACCACCACGCGCACCACCAUCCGCACCACCACCCGCACCACCCGGCCGCCGCGCCCUCCUGCGCCUCGGGCUUGCUGCAGACGCUCAACACCGUUCCGGCCGGGCCCCCGGCCCCCGCCGCCGCCGAGCAGCUGUCCCCGAGCGGCCAGCGGCGGAACCUGUGCGAGUGGAUGAGGAAGCCCGCGCAGCCGUCGCUCGGGAGCCAAGUGAAAACCAGGACGAAAGACAAAUAUCGAGUGGUAUACACCGACCACCAGCGGCUGGAGUUGGAGAAGGAGUUCCACUACAGCCGCUACAUCACCAUCCGUAGAAAGGCUGAGCUGGCUGCCACGCUGGGACUCUCUGAGAGGCAGGUGAAAAUCUGGUUUCAGAACCGCCGAGCCAAGGAAAGAAAAAUCAACAAGAAGAAGUUGCAGCAACAGCAGCAGCAGCCGCCACCACCACCUUCUGCAGCUCCCCAGCCCCCGCCAGGCCCUCUGAGAAACGUUCCAGAGCCUCUGAGUCCCGUGUCUUCCCUGCAAGGCUCAGUGCCUGGAUCUGUCCCCGGGGUUCUGGGGCCUGCAGCAGGGGUACUGAACCCAACUGUCACCCAGUGA